AUGGGAUUUUUCAUGUCGACGAAGAUCGGAGGGAUUCUUGCCUUUGCCUUGGUACUCCUCUCCCUCAUGGCGUCAGGAGACUCUGCAGAUGUGAGGUGUGAGAACAUUUACAAGGACUUUUCCGACUGUGUCCUGGAGCUGGGAGAGAGCAUGGACAACUACCAGGAGAAUGUGACCAGCGAGAGGGGAGUGGCAGCUGUGUGCAGCCACUGGGAAGCCUUCCACACAUGUGCCCUCACAGCGCUGUCCGACUGUCAGGAGGAAGUCAGCUCCAUCUGGGAGACGCUGAGGCAGGACUCCAGGAAGAUACGCUUCCAGGGAAGUCUGUUUGAUCUGUGCAGCCCCAGCUCCUCUCCCAGCAUAAGUUCGCCUCUCGCUGCUCUCACCCUGCCGCUGAUGGUGGCCAUGACCGGGCCCAGCUGGUCCCCUGUAUAG